GUAAAAAUACAAAGAGAGUUAUACACCAAGAUAAAUAUUUUAGUCUUGAGUGUCCUUUUUAGUGAGUUGUUCCUUUUAUAAGAGAGGAAUUUUAAUUGUUGUUUUCUCCUUAUAUUUGAGAGCAGUGUACUCCCAUAUUUGAAUAGUGAAAUCCUUCUACCCCGUGGUUUUUCCUCUCUAUCUGUUAGAGGGGUUUCCACGUAAAAUUCUCGUGUCCAAUUUAUUUUCAUAUUUAUUGUCAUAUCAAACUUUAGUUGUGGUGCUUCCUCCCCCAAACACUUGUCGUGCUAGGUCAUUAAUUGAAGUCCCACAUUGCUUGAAGAAAUGUGUUAUUGUCUCCUUAUAUGGGUUUAAUCAAAUUUGAUGAUUUAAUUAUUGGGGUUGAGUUAGGCUUAAUGUCCAUUAUUGUAAUACGGUAUCAGAGUCACCAUCUCUAUUGUUGUGUUUUUCGAUGUGGGGACUUCAUGUUAUAGUGUCCAUGCUCUAGACACGUAGUCUUAACGUGCUAAGUGUUAAUUGAUGUCCCUACAUUUGUUGAGGAAAUGUGUUUUCAUUUUCUUAUAGUCUUCGACUAUCCUUUCAUCCUGAGCUACCUUUGUGGCUGAAGUAAACACAAGGUCUAUUUUCACCCAACUAGAUACAUCAUUAGUGCUUUCUAGUGCCCCGUGUUAUGUCGUCUAAAUUCAAAUUUCCAGUUCUGAGUGUGUGGGGAAUGAUGUUAUAUAGUCUUUUCCAAUGCCUCGUGUAAUAUUGUCUAAGCUUGAAUUUCUAGUUCUAAGCAUGUGGAGAGUGCUAAACGCCUACACAUUGGUUGAGAUAAUAAGUUGUUGUCUUAAUUUUACGGUGUUCUUGAUGAUUUUGAGUUAUUAUAAUUUAUAUCCUCGUUUCUUUAUUUAUGGGCAGGUCUAGAGGGUAAGACCUUCUCAUGUCACGCAGAAGCCUUAGGUAAUGAAAGACAGGUCAUUGGAACUCAAAGGAUGGCAUAAGCAAUUCUUUUGCAGGUUGUUCUCAAGAAGCCCAAGAAACGUGGAAGCUGUAAAAAGAAAAUGGCAAUGAUGCCCAAUCUUUAUGACCAAAUUGAUUUAGCAACAUCUGCCAAAUAUCGAGCAGAGGAGGUCCAAUCAAGAUUGAGCACUAAAUAUCCGAGCUUUAUGAAGCCAAUGAUCAGAUCAAAUGUUAGUGGAGGUUUCUGGCUAUCUCUUCCAAGGUUAUUCUGCCAGCUGCAUAUGCCACGGCAUGAUAUAACCGUUACUUUGGUAGAUGAAAGCCAGGAAGAAUUUAAAACAAAAUAUCUUGCUGAGAGGAAUGGACUCAGUGGCGGAUGGCGGGGUUUUUCGCUUGCACAUGACUUAGUGGAGGGAGAUGUUUUAGUUUUUCAGUUGUUCAGAUUCUGCAAAUUGAAGGUGUAUAUGGUCAGAGCCAAUUAUUUGGCUGAAGUUGACGCUGCACUUGUUCUUCUCCAUUUAGAUGCUCACCAAAAACAAAUUAAUCCUGUGCACCAAAGGCAGGAUAAUAGAAGUAUGAAACGAGUUGGGAUCAAGCGUCAAAGACUUUCCUCACAAGAAGGGGAUGAUUGUCCCCAAGAAAACAUAUUACACAAACAUAGUCAUCCGAGGAAUACGUUCAAGGAGCUUGAUCUACUACCUUCAAAAGGACUGGCCUAUGAAACUCUUAGCAUUGUGGAUGCAGUAAAAGCCAGCAAACUCAAUGACCCUCCUACUUUCUCAUCCUGGAAAACAAGGCCAACCGAACUUGAGCAGUUAGAGUUCAGACCAUUUUCGGGUGGGUACUCCAUUGAACCAGCUUUGGCCCUAUCAGGGGCAGAAAUGGUAUUUAGGCCGUGAACACGUCUGCACCUAUUGUCUCUGACUUUAUCUAUAGUGUUGACGUUGUAUACAAAUGGAUUGUAAAAUCUUUUUACACCAGUGUAAGUUUAGUUAUAGCAAGUCAUGGCUUUAUUAGCCAAAUUACAGUAUUAGGCUUAAUAUGAAGAGUUACUUAUUAAUGUAAAUCAACUUAACCUGAUAGGGUAAAA